GAGGACAAACACCAAGGAGGCUGAAUCACAAAAGAUAAGGAUGUUAAAAAGGAGAACAACACAAAUGCCAGUCAAAGAUGGUUUUUCGGGCAGUUUGAUCUGCUCCAUGGCCGACUGUGGCUGGGAGGGAGACGUAGCCUCCCAGCCAUAGUCCAACCCAUCCUUCCCACUAGGGUUAAGUCUUGAAAUGCCGGCCCUGCAAUGUUUGGGUAAGAGUCAAAGACUCAGCUGAGCAGCUAUUGACAUUUCACCCUGUUAUGCAACUCAAGUGUGGCACACAUUCUUAAUACUCCCGUCCCUUUUCCCUCUUCCCCCCAUAACAGCCCUGUGAGAUGUGUUGCCGUGUCAGAGAGAGUGGCGCAAAAGUCAUCCAGCCGGUGCUCAUGCCUAAGACGGGACUGGAACUGAUGGUUUCUAGGCCUUACACCUUCACCCCGAUACCACACCGGCUCCCCACUUAGUUGCCUCGUAUCACCCAUUUCUAACCCCCAGGAUUGGUGGUGUUCCUCCUCCUCUUGUAUCGAAACAGUCAUGCUUGCUCUAUGCCAGCAGUUAUCAACCUGUGGGUCACAGGUCACCAAAGACCAUCGGGAAACACACAUUUUCCAUGGUCUUAGGAACUGAGAGACCAAUUUUAGGGUUGGGGGUCACCAUAACAUGAACUGUAUUAAAGGGUCGCGGCAUUGGGAAGGUUGAGAACCACUGCUCUACGCGGACAGGCCAAUGAGAUUGGCACCAGGCAGCCAGUGGGGUUGAGGGGUUGGGACGUGGGUCCCCGGGUGAAGGAAGCUGGUCUCUACGUUCAGGGUUGGAGUGUCCGUAUCGGGCCCAGCAACUGCUCUGCUGGCCUUUCACCAUGGGGUUUGAAUGGGAGCCAAGGUCACAGGACAGGAGGGUGUUUUAUUCUGGGUUUGGCUUCAGCCAUCCUGCAUGGAUCCGUCCCUGUGGGCGGAAAUUCAGGCCAGAGUGUGAUGCAGUCCUGGAGAUUGGGGGGGGGGGGGAGUGCUUCCCAGUCAACCGGUGGGCCCUGGCCCGCCACAGCGGCUAUUUUGAGGCCAUGUGGGAGUGCGCAGAGCGGCACAUCUGGACCCAGGGGGUUGAGGCGGAGCCCUUCCAGGCACUUCUGGACUUCACCCGGACAGGCAGCCUUGGCAUCGCCCCUGGCAAUGUCACCAGCCUUCUGCAGACGACCAGCUUCCUGCCCCUGGAGGCUGCCAAGAGGCGCUGUGAGACCUUUCUGAAAGAGCUGCAUGUCUCCAACUGCCUCAGCCUCAGGGCCUAUGCACUGCACUUUGCCUGCGCGGCACUUGGCUCUGCUGCCCUCAACGUGGCCGUCAGCCACUGGGCCGACGUGAUGACCCACGGCGAGGUUGAGGAGCUGCCCAAAGCCACUCUGAUGGAGCUGCUGCAGAGCGAUGAGCUCUUUGUGGCUCACGAGGACGUGGUCUUUGACCCAGUGAUGCAGUGGGUAGUGGCUGCCCUGCCCGGGCAGGCCAUGGAUUUCCUGGAGUUGGUGGGCCUGGUGUGGGUCCCCUUCCUCAGCCCCCUUGGCCUCCUGGUGAAGCGCAGCCAGUGCCCCGGGCUGGAAGCUCCGGCUCAGCUGCUGAAAGAGCUGGACCGCUUCCCACCCCCCAACUGGCAGGAUGCUGCGAGCCCCCUUGCGAGUCGGAGGUAUGAGACUCUCUUUGUGAUGGCCGGGAAACGGGACCACGAGCAGCAGGAGCUCUUCCACUGCCAGGCCUGCUCGCCACUCAAGCGCAAAGACCUCACCCAGUAUGUUUUGGCUGUCCUGGGCAGCCUGCUCUUUGUCACGGGAGGGAACUUCCGGGAGGAGUUUUUCUGGGCCCCCGUGGACUGGGUGUGGAUCUACAACAGCUGGGAUGACAGCUGGCGAGGGCCAGUCAUGGAGGAGGCUCGCAAUAGCCCCUGCACAGUGGGGGUUGGCUUCCACCUGCAUGUAAUGGGGGGGAGCACCCCAGAGGGCAUCACUCCCAGUGUCGAGCGCCUCGCCCUGGCGGACUCCUCCUGGAAGCCCACCAGUCCCCUGAUCCACCCCGGGGAACGAGCCGGAGCCACCAGUAUGGGCACACGGAUCUAAGUGCGUGGCAUGGAUGAGAAUGGGGAUGUCUGCUGGGCAGUUCAGCGGCUGGACAUAGAGACGGACAUGUUUCUUUCUCACCGCUGCCAAGGUGAGGCUGUGCCGGCUUUCCUGGGGUCUUUUGAGGGAGGGGUGUGGGCUGCAGAGGGUGGAGGGACUUAGAGGUUCCCUGGUGUCUUGUGUGGCCCUGUGAGGUCAGGGCAAAAGGGGGCCAUGGGGCCAUUUCUGCCCUUCGUCAGAUGUGCUGUUUUGAGGAAAGACUCCUUACUCAUGCCAGGUUCAGGUAAACGAAGCUACUGUUUGAAAGGCCACCCCAAUACCCCCAGAAGACCUCCAAGGUCCCUUCCAGCUCUGUUAUUCUAUUCUGGUCUAUUCUACUCUAUAUUCUAUUCUACUCUACUUUCUCUUCUCUUCAUACAGCUCGACAGCUGCUCUUUGGCUGCUGGCAACCCAGGCCCUGGGGGGUGGGGUUGCCUUUGUGGGGCAGGGGAGUUCCUUCAGUGGGUCCAACUAGCUCCAGAGAGCAGUGCUCUCCACCCCGCCCAUCUGCCCUGUUUCUCUUCCCUUCAGGUAUGACCUCUGUGUGGCAGCCUUGAAUGGGACCCUCUACACCAUUGGUGUGUGUGUGUGUGGUGUUCCGCUUUGACGUCGGCACCGUCGAGUGGACCCCCGUGGAGGACGGUGGCCUGGCUCAGAAGUUCUUUGAAGGAUGCAGCUCAGCCAAUGGACACAUCUAUCUGCUGGCAGAGCAGCGGGGGAAUGCUGCGCUCCUAAACAUGGUGAUUCUGGACCCCUACAAGGAAGCAUGCCAGGAAGUGGGUUACCGGCUCUCCUGCCCUCUCCCCAUCCACGGAAUGGGCUCUGUGCGCAGGUUCAACACCUGGAGGUGCCAGGCAUAGUGAGGGAUGCUGCCUCCUCCCUUCCGAAGAGAUCCCCAUGGCAGAGAUCGCCCUCCACGGAGGGUACAUCUGAGCCCUCCUGUUCUGCUGACAUUGGCCAUAAGACACGGGGGGGGGGAGGGGGAUUCCCUUCACAGAUCCCUAGAAUGGGAGCGGCCUUGGAGAUCAGCAGGGCUGUUCCCUGGUGUCAGUGCAGGAACCCCCAGCCGAAGGCCCUCAAGCCCCCACAAAACCAAUCCCUGCAUUCAGCCACCCCAGCGGAUCCCACUAGCCCCCAACCGCUGCUCUUCGGGCCCCAUCUCACCUUGCUUGCUCUCCCCUGGAGAGACCCCCCCCCACAUUUUCCAAUAUCCUUUCUAAAAUGUGUUUCACACGACUGCCCUGCUGAAACGAGGGUCUCUUGUGGUCUUGGUUUGACCGAUUGAUUGAGUUUGUCAAAGAAAUAUAAACAUGGACGUGAACACAGGAAAUGGGUACGCAUAAACGGGGAUAGUAGGAGAGGGAUGGGAGGCACGCUGGUCCACCUACGCAUGCCCCCUUCCAGGCCUCUUAAGAAAGGGGUGAGGCGUGAUGUUGGGAUGUCAUUGCUACGAUUGUAGGAUUUUCCUGCUUCCAUACCUGGCGGUUGUCCGAGUUUCUUCUGUGCCUCUUUAAACCUUCAUUUCCUGGCUUAAGUCUUGGUGGCUUCUGUCGUCCCCUGCCGGGCAUUGCUGUAAGUGCGAGCAGGAGGAGGGAAGUGGAGGUGCUGGACUUGUUCUCCAGGGAAUCAGUGAUUUUGCCAGUUCAUUUAUAUUUCAUUUUGUUUUUUUAUUAGUCUUUUCAAAUUUUAGGCUUAUAAAUACAAGAGAACAUUUGUAAUUCAGAGUUGAACUUCAGGAUUUUUGGUGCUUUCUUUACUUUUUUUUUUUUUGCAAAUGUUUCAUUAUCCAACAAGGUGACAUCAUCUGUUUUAGGCAUGUUUUUAAGUCAUUGGUUUGACCACCUAUUUAUUUGUGUCAUACAUUUAUAAAUCUUUAAUAGUGA